AUGAAUGCAACUUACGAUGAAAUACUGCCAGGAGGUCCGCCGCUGGAGGUGAAAGCCAUCGCCGUUGACUCCCAGUCUAUCCGGGUCACAUGGAAGCCUCCCGAGCGUGAGCUGUGGCACGGCGAGCUGAAGGGCUACUACGUGGGCUACCGCCUCGACCAACCGGGGGACCCGUACCUCUACAAGACAUUGCAGCUCGAUCAGCCCCAGGUUGGCUCGGCGGAAACGGUGCCCACCGAAGUGCUGUUGUCUCCACUACGCAAGUUUUCGCCCUACCUUGUGCUCGUGCAAGCGUUCAACGCAGCCGGACCCGGACCACGCUCUGACGAGGUUGCCGUCUCCACGCUUGAUGACGGUCAGUGCUAG